ACCCGGCAGGCAGCCACCUGGAGAUGGAGCGAAGCGGGCGAUCUCUCGGGCGCUGGAAGAGACGGAGCCAAGUUGGUCUUUGGUUUAUGCGAGUCCUUUGAACCCGGGUCUGUUGGGAUGGACUGAAGCAAAAGGAAUUCUAGAUGUAAGCAAGGAAAGCGAGGUUGCACCCAGCUGGCCUGGUUGAUUUUUGGUGAUUGCUUCUAUGAAGAGCCAUUUGACCAUGUUGCUGUUGUUGUCUCUACUGCUGCUUGUGCAGGAAUUUGAACAAUGUGAAGGAACCCUGACACAAUAUCAUGCACUGCCAAUGCAAUUCACACAAGUUCAUUACAAUGCAACAGUAUAUGAAAACUCUGCAGCUAAGACUUAUGUUGGGCAUCCAAUAAAAAUGGGCAUUUACAUUACUAGCUCCCUGUGGGAUAUAAAAUACAAAAUUAUUUCUGGGGAUAGUGAGAACUUGUUUAAAGCUGAAGAAUACGUUUUGGGGGAUUUUUGCUUCUUACGAAUUCGGACCAAGGGAGGGAAUACUGCUAUACUUAACAGAGAAGUAAAAGACCACUAUAUAUUAACUGUAAAAGCAAUAGAGAAAAAUACAAAUGCAGAAGCUCUCACAAAUGUCAGAGUGCAAGUAUUGGAUACAAAUGACUUAAGGCCUUUAUUUUCUCCAACUUCUUACAGUGUUUCAUUAUCAGAAAAUACAGCAAUAAGGACCAGUAUUGCCAAAGUCAGUGCAACCGAUGCAGAUAUUGGAACCAAUGGAGAGUUUUAUUACAGUUUUAAGGAGAGGACAGACAUGUUUGCAAUUCAUCCAACAAGUGGGGUGGUCAUUCUGACUGGCAGACUUGACUAUUCAGAAAUAAAAGUUUAUGAGUUGGAAAUUCUUGCCGUGGAUCGUGGUAUGAAAUUGUACGGUAGCAGUGGGAUUAGUAGCAUGGCGAAAUUGACAGUUCAUAUAGAACAAGCUAACGAACAUGCACCAGUCAUAACAGCCCUUGCUUUGGCUCCUUCAGAGCUGGAUAAGGAUCCAGCAUAUGCAAUUAUAACUGUGGAGGACAAAGAUUAUGGUUUAAAUGGAGAGGUAGCAUCUCUAAGUAUUGUAGCAGGUGACCCACUUCAGCAGUUCAAAGCUGUGAGAACCGUCCCAGGAGGAAAAGAAUAUAAAAUCAAAGCAAUUGGCAGUGUUGAUUGGGAGAGCCAACCCUUUGGUUUUAAUCUUACACUGCAGGCUAAAGAUAAAGGAAACCCUCCAAAGUUUUCCUCUGUGAAAGCAAUUCAUCUGCCUUCUCCCCAGUUUAGGUCUGGAGAAGCCCAGUUUGAAAGAGUAGUUUAUAGAGCUGAAAUAAGUGAAUUUGCUCCACCGAACACACCUGUGGUUAUGGUAAAAGCAUUGCCUACUUCUCCCUACAUAAAAUAUUUGUUUGCAAAUGCACCAAGCAAAGCUCAGUUCGGUUUGAAUCCUCACACUGGCCUUAUUACUACUAUAGAUGCCAUAAAAGCUCAACAUGCACCUCAUUUUGAAUUUGACAUAAUGACAAGCAAUAAAAAAGCAUCUACAAAAGUAUUCAUUAAGGUUAUAAAUGUGAAUACUCAUCCUCCAGAAUUUACUAAGACAUCAUAUAAAUCUUCUUUUAAUGAGAAUGUCCCUAUAGGGACAAGUGUUAUGAGUGUGAGUGCAAACGAUCCUGAUGAAGGUGAAAAUGGCUAUGUCACAUAUAGCAUUGCAAAUAUAAACCCUGUUCCUUUUGAGAUAAACCACUUCACUGGUGUGGUUACCACCUCUGAAACUAUGGAUUAUGAAUUGAUGCCAAGAAUUUAUAAAUUAAGAAUUAGAGCAUCAGACUGGGGCACCCCCUAUCGCAGAGAGGUUGAAGUCCCUGUUACAAUAGUUUUAAAUAAUUUGAAUGAUAAUACUCCUCUCUUUGAGAAAAUAAACUGUGAGGGAACAAUUCCCAGGGAACUUGGUGUGGGAGAGCAAAUAACUACUGUGUCCGCUAUUGAUGCUGAUGAGCUCCAGUUAGUACAGUACCAAAUAGAAUCUGGAAAUGAAUUAGAUUUAUUUAGUUUGAAUCCAAAUUCUGGGGUUCUUUUCCUGAAACAAUCACUAGGCGAUGGCUUAAGUUCAAGAACAUCUUUUCAUAGUUUGAAAAUAACUGCUACAGAUGGAGAAAAUUUUGCAGCCCCCUUGUUUAUUAACAUCACUGUAGUUACCAGCCGCAAACCAGUGAGCUUACAAUGUGAAGAGACUGGUGUGGCCAAAAUGUUGGCAGAAAAACUCUUGCAAGCAAAUAAGCUUCAUGGUCGUGUUGAAGUAGAGGAUACUUUUUUUGAUACACAUACAAUGAACUUGCAUGCACCUCAGUUUGAAAGUGGCCUUCCCAGGAGCAUUGAAGUAAAAGAAGAUCAGCCUGUAGAUUCUACCAUCAUGUUUUUGAAUGCAACUGAUCUUGACACUGGUUUCAAUGGGAAGUUAGUCUAUUCUAUUUCUGGAGGUAAUAAUGACAGCAGUUUUAUCGUUGGAAUGGAAACAGGAAUGCUAACCAUCUUGUCUCCUCUUGACAGAGAAGUAAGAGAUAAAUACACUUUGAACAUUACCGUUUAUGAUCUUGGCAUACCACAAAAGUCCAGCUGGCGUCUUUUAAAUAUCAGAGUUCUUGAUGCCAAUGACAAUCCUCCAGAAUUUUUACAGGAUAGUUAUUUUGUUGAUGUAAGUGAAAACAAAGAACUGAAUACAAAUAUAAUACAGAUAGAAGCCAUAGAUAAAGACUUAGGCACCAAUGGUGAAGUAAGAUACGCACUUCUUACAGAUACAAAUGAGUUUUCUAUUGACAGUGUCACUGGAAUUGUAAAAGUUUCAGGACUUUUAGAUCGUGAACUUCAAGCAGUGUAUUUCUUAAAAAUAGAAGCUAAGGACCAAGCUAAAGAGUCACCACAGUUGUCUUCAACAGUUCUAUUAAAAGUAUUUUUGGAAGAUGUUAAUGACAAUCCUCCAAAAUUUGUUCCUGCAAAUUAUCGAGUGAAAAUCCGAGAAGAUCUUCCUGAAGGAACUAUUGUCAUGUGGCUAGAAACUUAUGAUCCCGACUUAGGUCAAGCAAGCCAAGUAAGGUACAGCCUUUUGGAUGGUGGAAAUGGAAGUUUCGAUGUAGAUAAACUCAGUGGAGCAAUCCGUAUUGUGCAAGGACUGGAUUUUGAGAGGAAACAAGUUUAUAAUCUAACAGUGCGGGCUAAAGAUAAGGGAAAACCCACUUCAUUGUCUUCUACCUGUUACGUUGAAAUUGAAAUAGUUGACGUAAAUGAAAAUCUGCACCCACCACGUUUUCCUAAUUUUGUGGAUAAAAGUUUUGUAAGUGAAGAUGUUCCCGUUGGUACUUCAGUAAUGACUGUAUCUGCUUAUGAUGAGGAUACAGGAAGAGAUGGUGAAAUCAGAUACUCAAUAAGGAAUGGAUCUGGUGUUGGAAUCUUCAGAAUAGAUGAAGAAAAAGAAUGUGCUGAGAAUGAAGAUAGUCUUUAA